CUGCAGCGUUGCCAUGUGUGCAGGGAUCAAACCCUCAAAAAUGCCAGAGUGAGAAGCGGAAUCAGUGCAUGUUGUUGCCGCCAGGACCUAAAAAGAAACAUCCUGGGAUUAGAUUACAAUUUAGUCGAAGCCCCGUUUUGUACUUCAACCUUAAAAGGUCCAAAGGUCUGAGUGCUUAGUCAUAUUUAGGUUGCUCCACUUGCACAACUUCAAUUUGACUCCCGACGAGUGAAGCAACCGGUGUAUUGCAGGUCGCAGUGCCCCGCGGAGGCUUUCAAAGUUAACUUGUUCAGCGAGAGAGAGAGAGAGACAAGGCCGUGUAAAAAAAAAUGUCAGCCACUCGGAUGCAGCUGCUGUCACCCAGACUUUUCAGCCGGGGGCGAAGCGAGUUGUUUGCCGGCUGCAGUGGAGCGCAGCGGCCAGGCGCCGGUGCUGCUACCAGGGUCCGCUCACUGACCUCUUCUCCCCCUCUGUCCUCCUCCUCCUCCUCUCCCGACAGAGCUUUAUCAAGUGUGAGCGCGACGCGGCGUGGGCUGCCCCAAGAGAAAAUGUCCGAGAACGGAGUGACGUCCCGGGCCAAGAUAUUGACCAUCGACACCAUGAACCCCACGGUGAAGAAGGUGGAGUACGCUGUGCGGGGGCCCAUCGUGGCGCGGGCUGUGGAGCUGGAGAGGGAGCUCUUAGAGGGAAUGAAGAAGCCCUUUGCUGAGGUCAUCAAGGCCAACAUUGGUGAUGCGCAUGCUAUGGGCCAGCAGCCAAUCACUUUCUUCAGACAGGUCUUGGCGCUCUGCUCCUACCCUGAACUGCUGAAUGACAGCACGUUCCCGGAGGAUGCUAAAAGUAGAGCACGCCGCAUUCUGCAGUCCUGUGGAGGGUACAGUAUGGGUUCCUACAGUGCCAGUCAGGGCAUCGACUCCGUGCGUCAGGAUGUUGCCCGCUACAUUGAGCGACGGGAUGGCGGGGUGCCCUGCGACCCAGACAACAUUUACCUCACUACAGGGGCCAGCGACGGCAUUGUGACAAUGCUGAAGCUGCUUGUGUGCGGCGAGGGUGUCGACCGCACAGGCGUAAUGAUCUCAAUACCUCAGUAUCCCCUUUACUCUGCUGCGCUGGCUGAACUGGGCGCUGUGCAGAUCAACUAUUACCUUAACGAGGAAAAAUGCUGGAGUAUGGACAUCAGCGAGCUGCAGCGCGCCCUGGAUGAGGCCCGGCAACACUGCAACCCCCGAGCCCUGUGCAUCAUUAACCCUGGAAACCCAACCGGUCAGGUUCAGAACCGAGAGUGCAUUGAAGAUGUUAUCCGAUUUGCAGCAAAGGAACGUCUCUUCCUCAUGGCUGAUGAGGUGUACCAGGAUAACGUGUAUGCUGAUGGUUGCCAGUUCCACUCCUUUAAGAAGGUUCUCUUUGACAUGGGGCCGGAGUACUCGAAUACAGUGGAGCUGGCAUCUUUCCACUCCACUUCCAAAUGUUACAUGGGAGAGUGUGGCUUCCGUGGAGGCUACAUGGAGAUCAUCAACAUGGAUGAUGAAGUCAAGGCACAGCUGACCAAGCUGGUGUCUGUCCGUCUGUGUCCUCCUGUUCCUGGACAGGCUCUGAUGGACCUGGUGGUCAACCCUCCGCAGCCUGGAGAGCCUUCAUAUGUCAAUUUCAUCAAGGAGCGCACAGCCACUUUGAGUGCCUUAGCGGAUAAGGCCAAGCUCACAGAGCAGGUGCUCAAUACAGUGCGAGGAAUCAGUUGCAAUCCUGUGCAGGGUGCCAUGUACUCCUUCCCCUCCAUAACCAUCCCUGAAAAGGCCGUCAAAGAGGCCACGGACAUGGGUCAGCAGCCGGAUAUGUUCUACUGCAUGAAGAUGCUGGAGGAGACGGGGAUCUGUCUCGUGCCUGGUAGUGGCUUUGGCCAGAAGGCUGGAACCUACCACUUCAGAAUGACCAUUUUGCCACCGACAGACAAGCUGAAGAUCCUGCUGAGCAAAGUCAAGGAGUUCCACCAGAAAUUCACACAGCAGUACUCCUAAUUUCCCAUUUCUCCUCCAUACAUAAAGGGAGGAGCUCAUCAAUCAUAACCAAAAGAACUUGGCCGAUCACACAAUUUGUCUGUCACGAAUAAGUGCCUUUCCUACGGUGGCUCUGGUGGUCUCUAUGACGACACACUCUGGCCUCUACAGCUGUCUCAUUUUGACAUUCAGAGAAAGGAUACAAGGCACUGUCUUCUGUCAGAAGACAAAACAAAACUGGAAAAGGAAGAAAUGGAAGAAGGAAGUCACUCAUAAACAUAUCGGUUUGGUAAGAAAAAUCUGGUUUCAUGCAGUCAUUUUAUGAAGGAUGUAUAGUAUGUACUGUAGGUGUGUGUAUUUGUGAAUAUGAAAAAUAGCUAAUGUGAAUAAUAUGAUGUGAAAGAAGGUAAAAACUGAAGAAAAUUGAUGCUGCUUAAAAUCUUGCAUACUUGUACAACAGUUAAAAUAUUCCAUUCCUGCAGGCAGUCCUUGACAGGGAGAAUAUACAGGGCAGGCAUCUGCAUGAUGAUUCAGACGUGAUCUGGUAGAAUCAAAAUAAAUGUAACGGUGUUUGUUAUGUCUCGUUAUUUUGGAACGAGCUGUCAGUUGGACUUAGAGUUCAUAUUAAGACUUAAAAGGUCAGCCUCCUUUGACCGUAAGCAUUAAUGGGAAACUAUUAUAAUUCUUCUUCUUUAUACUUCAUUCUUCUGUUGAAGGUACAAAAUCACAAACAUAUUAACAUCAUUUCUUGAGCUGCCAUACUUUUAUAAAGGAAGUAAAAAGGCAUUAGUUGUUGUUUUUUCCUGAUUUUGUAUAGAAACUGAUAUUUAGUCAAUUUUCUUUCACCUCAGUUUUCAUUCUGAAGAGCAACAUACUCAGACAGUGGUCAGUCAUUUACAUCACUGUAAUCAUUAAACUGUUUAAAAACAA